AUGAACGACAGAACCGUGUCUCCAUUAUGCCUUGUCUCAGAGUUGGAGAAAGACGGAUCCACCUUCAAUAUGGCUUCCUCAAAAAAGCAGCAGCAGAAGUCUAUGAAAAAGAAUAUUCGGAGAGUUCAACCAUAUUGGAUCAGACUUCUCCUGGCACUAUCCGAGGAAGAAUGGACAUCGUCGAUCGGAGUGACACACACCAAGAUCUUUUGCAGAACAUAUGCUCUCGAAUUUCUGGUUUCCUUGGAAUGCCCAAAGGGUUGCACUUCUACUUUUACCGCCCUGACCAAAAUCACAGUGCCAGAAGAGGAAAACGCAAAGUACAAUAUUGACGGAGAAAGGUUGUGCAAAAAACAGGACUAUGUUUUUCUCGAGAGGUUUCCUAGGUCUGAGUCGGCCAUACAAGACAUCAAUCAGUGUAUUCUCAACAAAGUGGCUUCCCUUAAUAGCGACAAGAUCUUGACUUAUCAUUCUUCAGUCAUCGGAUAUCCAGAUCGGCUUGUUGCAGUUAUCGUGAUGUCCAGAUACGGGCCUGCUGAAAACAGAGGGAGAAUUGAGAAAGAAGCUAUUGUUGGUGAAUUCAACCUAAAGAGUGCUGACUUCACCGACGUCGUCAUGUUCGAUAGUGGUUGCCGUCUCAUCUCCUCAAACUGUAAAGACAACAUGGCAGUCUCGGAUUUCUUGAGUUUGUGUGAGAGCAGCGAUUCAGGAGAUCACAGGCCUUUUGGUGACAAUUUCUGGGCAGAAAUUUGCACUAAGAAAAUACAGAGUCUAGAUGGUUUUGGGCGUGACUGGUCUAUUGUUAUUCAUCUGGCAAAGAAGUCAAAAAAGGUGUAUUUGAAGAGACUUUCAAUAGAGGUCGUUGAGGAGACCCAGAUGUUUAACGGAGAACGUUUUGCAUCAGAGCGAAAAGUCAACCUUGUGGAAGACAGACAGUUCAAGGGUUCUACCGGUAAACUCUCGCUAAAAAAGGGAAAAGUUACCAUUCCAGAAGAAUUCUGGAAGAACAAGACUUUCUCGUUAAAAAGCACGAUUUUUGGACGAGUAUUUCUGAGACAAUCUCGAGUUGUGGUGAAGCUACAACUUGCUUCUUUCAUGGCUGCAACGGAAUAUAUCGUAGCAGAAGAAGUUGUGAAUGUCGCUGGCGAUUACGAAUCCUUGAAUAGUGAACUUUCAGAGCCACCUUCUUACGAAUCAGGGGCGAUGAAGGAAGUGGAAGAUUCUAAAGAUUAA